AUGAGCAGCGGCGGCAUCCCCCAGAACACUACUUCCUCCUCGACCUUUGACCCCUCGUCCCUGGACCCCUGGCUUGACCCCUACCCUGACUCCUACCCUGACCUCCCCGGGGUUAACGCCUCCUCCUCCGACGUCCCUGGCCGCACCUAUACCUCCGACCUUGACUUACGACCUCUGACCUCACAACAGGAUGUCAGCCCAUGGGAUGUGGCGUUAUGUGUCACGGGUACACUCAUCGCCUGCGAGAACGCUCUGGUCAUCGCCGUCCUCUUCUACACGCCGACCCUCAGAGCCCCAAUGUUCAUCCUGAUUGGCUCGCUGGCAUUCGCCGACCUCCUGGCGGGUCUCGGUCUCAUCCUGAACUUCGUGUUCACCUAUCUUGUCGAGGGAGAGGUCGUGACCUUGGUUGCCACAGGGAUUCUCAUUGCGGCAUUCUCGGCAUCCAUCUUGAAUAUCUUGGCGAUCACCGUGGACAGGUACCUGUCGCUGUACAACGCGCUGACCUACCACACGGAGCGGACUGUCCUCUUCACAUACCUGGUGGUAGGGGUCAUCUGGUUGGUGUGUCUGGUCCUCGGCGUCCUCCCCGCGCUCGGGUGGAACUGCCUAGACGACCAAUCAACGUGCUCAGUUUGUCGACCCGUCACCAAAUCCAACGCUGUCGCCCUCGCUGUCUUCUUCCUACUGGUUUUCGCGUUGAUGAUGCAACUCUACCUACAGAUCUGUCGGAUCGCGUUCCGUCACGCUCAGCAAAUCGCCGUCCAGCAUCAGUUCCUCGCCAUUUCCACAACCAAAGGAGUCCAGACGCUCUCCGUGAUUCUCUGCACCUUCGCCAUGUGUUGGCUGCCGUUUGCUAUGUAUUCUAUCGUGGCGGAUUCAAGCUAUCCUAUCAUAUAUACAUACUCUACGGUGCUGCUGGCGGCGUGUAAUUCAGUCAUAAAUCCUAUUAUAUAUGCGUUCAGGAACCCGGAUAUACAGAAGGGGCUCUGGUUGGCGUGUUGUGGGUGUGUCCCGUCAAAUCUGAGUCUGAGACCUCGAGCCAGGACGUCCAGUGAUGUAUAG